AUGUGGAGCUUUUUUUGAAUGGCUAUGAACCUUCAAGCGCUGCAGGGUGUCUGUUUGAGAAAGCUGCUACCUGGGAGUCAAGCAGGAAUUGUGGUACUUGGAUUAAACAGAUCUCAUGCCAAAAAUGCACUUAAUAAAAAUCUUAUAAAAAUGAUGUCAAAAGCUAUGGAUGCUCUGAAAUCUGAUAAGAAAGUACGGACUGUUAUAUUCCGAAGUGAAGUCCCAGGGAUAUUCUGUGCUGGUGCUGACCUUAAGGAAAGAGCCAAAAUGCACUCCAGUGAAGUUAGUUCUUUUGUCUCAAAAGCAAGAGCAACUAUUAAUGAAAUGGCUAAUCUUCCAGUACCAACAAUUGCUGCGAUAGAUGGUACUGCAUUAGGUGGUGGCCUAGAACUGGCGUUAGCCUGUGACAUAAGAGUAGCAGGAGGGACACAGAGAUUACCUCGUAUAAUUGGUGUAUCUUUAGCAAAAGAACUCAUCUUUUCUGCACGUAUUGUGGAUGGAGAAGAAGCAAGAGCAAUAGGAUUGAUCAGUCAUGUGGUGGAACAGAAUGAUUCAGGGGAUGCUGCCUACAGAAGAGCUCUAGCCCUCGCACAAGAAUUUUUACCUCAGGGACCUCUAGCAAUAAGAGUUGCAAAAUUGGCUAUCAAUCAAGGGAUGGAGGUGGAUUUAGUAACAGGCUUAGCAAUUGAAGAAGCCUGUUAUGCUCAGACUAUUCCAACAAAAGACAGAAUUGAAGGUCUCCUUGCUUUUAAAGAAAAGAGGCCCCCUCGCUACAAGGGAGAAUAGGACAAACUGAUGCCUUGAAAAUUCAAAUGAGAUAAAAUGACUGGAAGGACCUUUCACCUGCCCUUUGCCUCAGCGCAUGGAAUAACACAACCACCAAAGUAAUAGCAAACCAUACUUAAUUGCAACAUCUGGAAUGUGUUCAGACAUGUGCCUGAUCCAAGCAUAAGUAUCAAGUCAUACACAUCAUGGUUUAUGAGGUUGCUCUGUAUACUUGCAAGGUCACCGGUUCAUAAGCAUUUUUUUAUUUAACAUGUAUGAAACAAAUCAUUCCACAGUUUUAAAAAGAAGGGAAAUUCUUUAAAUAGACAAAAUAUAUAAGGUAAUAUAGAAUGUUUGUCUGUUGUUCCAUUUUAUCAGAAUAAGUGAUUUCUACAUACCAAAAAUGUGAAAUUAUACCAAAUAUGAUUUAUAAAUAAUUCUGUAUAUCGAUCAAAAUCAUAGUUCACUAUCUGUUCUAGCUGAAUAUGUAAAUUAUUAAUAAAGUUAAUGGCAAUAAGAAGAACAAUUGUUCAGAGGAUUAUAAACUUUAUUUACUUGUCUCAUAGUGUAAUAAGUAAGAAAACCUUCAUUCUGAGACUACUAUACAGUGGUGUCUCUGUUACUCUGUUCAUUUUUAGCCCUCAGUCACACAAGGUUAUAUUGUAAACCUUGUCUCUUAUUCCAGGUUCCUCCAAAAUAUCACCUGACCAGCACUAUCCGCUAAGGAGUAAUCUUUAAUUAACGUAUCCCAUUUGUUUUUUACUUCCAGGCUGUAUUGCAGCUUUUAGUGCAGAGCUAUGGUUAUGCACGUUCUUAAAGCUAGAAAGUUUCCUUGUUCCACAAAAUGCUGGAUCUUUUGCAUGAUCAUUUUGCAGGUUCUAAUAAAUACAGUAUUUAUAUACAGCUGCUCUAAAUUGAAAUGCUCUUUUCCUCUAUUGGAACAUAAACCUGUUGGCUUUGAAGUGAAGAAACCACAAUACCCAUAUGUGUGGAGGUGCUAUGGAAAAUGGGUUCUUUAAAAUAUUCUAUUAACUUUACUGGUAAGUAAAUGUAGCUUAGCAAUCCGAUGUUAACACAUUUAUAUGGAAACAACCUUCUUCAUCUUUGGCUUGCAUUGUCUUCAUGAAACUUCCACUUGCGCUGCUGUUUCUGCAACGUUGCCUAUGGUCACUCUAUGGUGAUAUAGCAGCUGAUCAGCAUGAAAUGACAAGAAUUCAUUCAAAUUCAUAAUUAGCCAUAUCUUUACAUGGGAAUUGAUUAUGUCUGGUGAAGCACCUACUUUGCUGAUUUAUAAACUUGACAAGUUGAUCAUUUCAUGCAUGAUAAUUUGUAAAUAAAGCCCUAGUGCUUUUUGAUAGUCAUGUAAAGCCUUUGAGGUCAGUUUCUCCUAUUUUCAAAAUGCUAAAAUAUCAUUUUCAUUUUUACUGAGUAGGAAAUAAUUAUACAUUAACAGAAGAAAAAUAUUAAGUCUUUGCUGAACGGCUUGUGUCUCAUAACUGUGAUAUACAGACUGGUUAUUGACCUUCCUUUAGUUUAGUUUUCUAACAAGCAUUGUAUAUUGAAUAACUUCAGAAUAUGUGUGUGUGAGUGUACAUCAACGCUGCAUGGCGAUUUCAGGAUACCGAAGGUAUCCGAAAAUAGCUUCCCUGCAUCUACACAUGCUGCCCGUUACUUUUAAAUAUUUUUCAAAUGGCGCACUAUU